CCCCCCAAAAAAAAUAAUCCCCAAACCAAAAGAACACAAAAGCAAGCAAAGGUACAAGAGGUAGCCCCACGUCGUCAGCUAAUUCAUGGCGGGAUCGAAGGCACGGACACCCGCCUCACGCUGAGUAACGGCCGCCGACAGGUGCCACCGCCCGGCGCCGCUUCAGGGCGGGCGAGGCGGAGGCUGAGCUCCCUGGCCUCGCCGUACUACAGCUCCCGGAGGACUCUGCGCCGGUCGCCUGGAAACCGGUAACGCUGCGAUGGAGGCGGCUCAAGAUGCAGAAGGUGGUUUGGAAGAACAGGAUGAUAGUGAAGUACCACUAGAGACACAAGAAAAGCCUCAAAAGGUGGAAAAGAAAAUCUCAGAAACUUUCUUCUACAGCUAUGAAGAUAUACAUUCACAGCCCUUUGUCACUGAAGACUCUGGGAUACCAGUUAACCUUCUUACUCUUAAACAUUCGUUUGGAUAUGACUUCACCAGAAGUGUAAACCUGAUGCCCAUGGAUGCCCAAACCCUGAUGUAUAUAGCAGGCAACCACAUUGUGCUCCUGGACUUGAAAACUAAGUCUCAACAUUAUCUCCAGAGCAGUGGUGGUGGUGGAAUAGGGUUUAUCACGGCACACCCUACUAAACAGUACUUUGCAGCAGGAGAAAAAGGAAAGAAGCCAGACCUCAUCAUCUAUGAUUAUCCUUCCCUGAGGCCCUACAGGAUACUGCGAGGUGGAACAGAGAAAGCCUAUGUUUUUGGUGAUUUCAGCAAUGCUGGCACUUUGCUGGCCAGUGUUGGGAGCAGCCCUGACUACAUGCUGACUAUCUGGGACUGGAAGCAAGAAAAGAUAGUGUUGAGGUCAAAAGCUUUUUCACAGGAUGUUUACAAGGUCUCAUUUUCUGCCUAUAAUGAAGAGCAACUCAUUACAUCUGGAGCAGGACACAUUAGAUUCUGGAAGACAGCUCUCACAUUCACUGGCCUGAAGUUACAAGGAGCUUUGGGCAGGUUUGGAAAAACAGCAGUAACUGACAUCACAGGUUAUGUGGAGCUGCCUGAUGGGAAAGUUAUCUCCGGGUCUGAGUGGGGCAACUUGCUGCUUUGGGAAGGGGACCUCAUUAAGGCAGAGCUCUGCCGAGCUGGGCAGAAGCCCUGUCACAGUGGCCCUGUCAGCCAGUUAGUUCUGGAGGGAAGAAAGCUUGUCACUAUUGGAAAAGAUGGCUUCGUUCGGAUGUGGAACCUCAAGGUAAUAGAAGCUGCUGAUUCUGUGGAUGACACAGGGUUACUGGAGGUAGAGCCUGUGAAUGAACUUCUUGUUGGCAAGAAUGUCAGUCUGAGCUUCAUGUCAAAAGUUUAUGACAGUGGACAGUCUGUUUGGUAUGCUCAGGACACCAAUGGAGUAAUCUGGAAGCUGGAUUUGUCUUUUCGAAAUGCGCCCUGUCAUCCAGAGUCCCUGUAUACCUUCCACUCUAAAAGCAUUGAGGCCAUGAGUGUCUCUCCCAUUACAUACCUUGUGGCCACUACUGCUCUUGACCGCACAGUUCGUAUCUAUGAUUUCAUCAGCAACAGUCAACUCAGUGAAAUGAAGUUCACACAAGGAGGAACAGCACUGACAUGGGCACCUACUACUGUAAAUCCUGAAGGACGUCUGAUUGCUGUGGGGUUUGAAGAUGGAGUUGUCCGCAUAGUUGAAGUUUAUGAUCCCAAAGGACUGCCUGUUCAUGCAGAAUACAGACAUACAGAGAAUGCACAGAUAAAUCUGAAACAAGCUUUCAAACCUCAUGCUGCUGCAGUUACAGCCCUGGCUUAUGAACAAAGUGGAAAUGUGCUUGCCACAGGGAGUAAAGACAAAACUGUUUUCUUUUUUGCUGUUGAAGAUAAAUAUGAGCCAAUUGGAUUCAUCUAUGUCCCUGGGCCUGUGCAGGCAUUACAGUGGUCCCCACCUUCUCAAGUGAAGAGCACUCUGCUCAUCCUCUGUGAGAAUGGCUUCGCACUCCAGGUUCCUGCCCCUCUCCCUGAGGAACAGGAUACGUCAUCCACCUAUCAAAUGAAAAACUUGCCCGUGCAGUACUUCCAUUUUUCCAGUAUUAAAUCCCGAAUCAAGCUGGAAGAGGAGAUUGCACUAAGAGAGAAAAAAAGGCAGGAGAAGGAGAAAGCAAAGCUUGAAUGGAUAAAGCAGCAACAGGAGAUGGGAAAGGAGAUAGAAGAGGAACUUGGAGAAGAACCUGAAGAAGAGCCACUGCCACCUCUCUACAUUCCAGAGGAGCCCAGUCCCAUCCUCUGUGGGUUUUAUUCAUCACCAGGAAAAUUUUGGCUUUCCUUGGGUGGUUAUGACUCGGGGUUCCUCUACCAUUGUGAAUUCUCACAUGGUCCCCAAGAAGAUCCUGAAAACAGGGAAGAUGAACCCUUUGAAGUGAUUCCUGUUGAGGACACGGAUAACAAUCCCAUCAACCAAAUCUCCUUCAGUAGCGACAGACUCCUCAUGUUCUGUGGGAUGCAGAACGGUGCACUGCGUGUUUAUCCUCUCCAAGAUAAAGACCUCUCAGUGAACAGCCUGAAGGAAUACUGGUCCCUCAAUGUGCAUGACAAUGAUUAUGGCCAAAUCCGAGGGAUCUCUUCUAGUUUUGAUGACAGGUUUCUGAUUACCUGUGGUGAAGAUGGAAACAUUUUUACUUUCAAUGUAUUGUCUUCGGAGGACGUCCACGGAGAGCUAAAAGCCCAAAUCCCCUCUCCUAGGAGUGGUCUUGAGAAGGAGGUGGCUACACAAGACAUUGAGAAUCCUGAUGCCUACAACAUCGAGCAAGUCAAGCAGAAAAAGGAGUAUGACAGGAUAAUGAAGGAAGCAGAAGAAAAGAAAAAUAAGAAAAGACAGGAGUUACUUGCACUGAGGCAGGAGUUUCUUGUUCUUCUUCAAAAGAAUCAGGAGCUGCCCAAGCACAUGCAGCUACAGAGAGAGGAGUUUGAGAUGGACCAUAGGAUCUUUGAGGAGCUGAGUAGGCAGACGGCACAGAGAAUCCAGUUAGUGCAAAAAGAACUGACUUGGCAGCACCAGAAAAGCUUGAUUGGACUGCAGAAACUACAAAAUCAGUUUCGUGACUCGCUGGAAUUUGACACUGUUGUUGUUCAUGCUAUUCAAAGCAAUCAUGAGAUUUCCACCUACAGACUUCUAGCAAUGCCUGAGAAAUGCUACCAAGAUAAACAGAUGUGGGAACAAGCAGAAAAAAGGGAGAUUGUCACAGAGACAGCAGAUCCUGGAAUUGUUGAGGAGGAGGCAGCUGAAACACUGGAGACAUUAGAGACACGAAAGCCAACCACGCGUUAUAUAGAGAGCAAACAGGAGCAAAUCAAAAGGAGCAUUGAGAAACACAAUGCAGUGAAAGCUAAGAUCGUCAAGAGGAAGGCAGAGUGGGAUGAACUAUACAAGAGCAAACCUAGUGAUGACUAUGAGGAUCCCAAAGAUGCUGAGGACAUCAAAGCAGCACAGGAAAAUAUGGGAUUUUAUGAGCUGAAGACUGCCACUAACUACAGAGUCCCUGAACACAAGCAUAUGAAUGUUGAAAAGAAGAUGACACAGCUUACAUCGCUGGAAGUGUUGAUCCAUGAAAAGAAAGCAAAUAUGAACAGAGAGAUCAUGUCUUUGAGAGAUCUCAAGGUUUCUACUAUUGAAGAAAUCAAAAUUUUGGUGCAAGAAUUGAAAUCCAUACAGGCAGCCUUGGAUUUAUCAGAGUGUCUCCCUCUUCCCCUGAUCCCUCAGUUACAUCCAGACGAGUUUCCUGAAAAAAGAUUUGAGUGUGACAGUGACAUUCUCCUGAAAUUCAAAGAGCAGCAGGAGGCCAAGGCAAAGGUCCAGGAACAACUGGAAGAGGCUUCCUCAUCUCAUCUGUUUAGGCAUGAAUUUCUUCAAGCAUCUUCCAGAGAGGAGGCUGCAGGUGCACAGCCACUGAAAACAGCAUCAUCUCAGGUCACAGGGCAGCAAAAGGUUUUUGAGAUUGAGAAAUCAGAGCCAACAGAAAUGGAACUGGAAAAUUUGAAGAGAGAGAAGAUUAAAAAUCUAUAUUUGCAGGAGACCCUGAUUAAAAGGAUCAGUGCACUGGUGAUCAGUUUUGACGCUGAACUUCGCUUACUGCGGCACAAGAAACUGAAGCUGGAUGUGCAGCUGAAAAGUGCUGACCUGCACUAUAUCACGUGGUAUGAAGAGCUGCUUAUCCUGAGGAACCUUGAGAAACAUGAGAACCUUCUCCAGGGGCAUCUUAACACCCUCAUCAGCGAGCAGGGGGCCAUGCAGUCAGAACUGAACAACUACCUUGCACAGAUGGAGGACAGGAAGUGUGAGAUUGCAAAGCUUCAGGAAUGUGAGAGAGCUCUUUAUGCUACCUUCCAAAUGUCCCUUGGAGAAAACACUGAGUUUGCCCCUUUUCUGACUGAGGUUCUGGAGAAGAAAAUCAAGUGCCUGGAAAAAAAAGAAGUAGGAAGAGAAGCAGAUGAAGAUGAUGAGAAUGAAGAGGAGACGGAUGAAGAGUCCAUCGUGGGGAGCAAUGAGGAAAAAUCUGGAUCUGAAGAUGAAGUCUUUGAUGAACCUGUUCGCCCGAAGAGUUGCAGUGAGGCACUCUUCCAAAACACCAUCCAGCUCCAACAGAAGCUGGUGGGUAUUAAGAAAGCUUUAGAAGAGGAGAAAAAAGUUGCUGCUAACCUAAGAAAAAAAUAUAAAGCCUUGGUUAAAAAGGCCAAAGUAGUGGAAUCCAGUCUGGAAACUGCAGAAAGGGAACUGGAGACCUUUCAGUGGGAAAAGCAGCAGAGAAUGAACGACCUAUAUGUAGCUGUGCCUUUGAAACUUCAUCAGGUGGAAUACUUGGUUAAUGGGGAGAUGCCCAGUGACUUCUCCCAGGCUUUGGUGUUUAGUAACCAGUCCUUAGAGUAUCUGCAGAAGAGAAUUGUGGAGCUGUGUAAUGAAAAGAUAAUGCAAAGAGAGAUCUACAGGAAGGCCCAAAAGCACCAUAAGCAGCUUGUCCAGGACAAAAAGGAGAUGGAGAUAAAGAUUCAACAACUGGAAAAGAAGUGCAAUGAGCUGAUGGUGAAGAAGUUUGGCCAGCUGGUUGACUUUGAAGCAGUUCAGACACACUCUGGUAGCAUACAUAUAGAUGAGCUGCAAGUUCAAAUAAUGGAGAAAGAAUAUAUGCACUCCCAGGAGCUCAAGAAGUGGGAGGAAAGAAUCUUAGACCUGCAUCAACAGCUACUAAAGCUGACAAAGGAAAACACCAGCAAGCUCCAGCAGCUGAACCAGUUUCGCCUUGAAAUGCAGCAACUUGAAACUAAGAUGGGUUCACUGAAAAAUGAUCUGGGCCUAGAAUUUCAGAGCACCCCAACUACUGAUGUCAAAGAGAAAGCCAAGCUGAAGUCACGGCUCAAGCACUUGAUGUGUGACACAGCCCUCCUAAGAGGAGAAAUUGAUCUUCUACGCAGAAAGGAUGGGUGCCUCUUUCUACAGCCCUCAGCACCAUGGGACUGUGAGGCAGCACCGGAAUCGUUCCCGUUUCUUACACCAGAAGUGGUAACUAACGUUCCAAAUUUCCCUUAAAAAUGGAUGUGGUCAGCUGUGGCAGUAGUCAUGCCUGGAAGUGUACUGCAAAUUGCUUGGCUACUCAGGAGGUUAGUUGUUGUAAAGGGUUAUGUUUGUUUUCUCUAUCAUCAAAACACUUCAGUAGUGAGACACAGGGAAUUAAACAGUCCCAAUCCAGCCAGGAAA